AUGCUGGUUGUCUACGGCGGCAAAGGUUGGGAGUGGAGGAGCGGAAAAGGCGGCAAAGGCGGCAAGGGCAAAAGCCACAAGGAGAAGAAGAAAGUCAUGUUUCUGUCGGACAUGUGGCAAUUUCACCUGGACUCCAACCAAUGGACGCCGAUCGACUACGGUGAAGGCCCGCUGGGGAGAUGGAAGGAAGGGGCCACACCUGUCUUCAACAACAGUCAGCUGGUCUUGAUGGGUGGCUCCACCGAAACGUCCGUGAAGUUUGCAAGGAAUGACGUUUGGGUCUUUAAGCCUCUUCCAGGAGGUGGGGGCGCCUGGCGCAAGGUGCGAACAUCGAAUACUCCGGUGCCCAGGCGGGGCCAUGUCAUUGUGGCCAACCACUCGCACGUGAUCAUGUUCGGGGGCAAGACGACCCCUCGCCUGGAAAAGAGGGCCGUCGAGGAGAUGGAGGAGAACUUUCCGGACCUUGAGUACACACCACAGCGGAAAGAGAAGUGCUUGAUCGACCUCUGGGCCAUCUCCAAAGAUGAGAUGCUCGCAGAGGGCUCCAGCCAUCCUCCCAGGUGGCGAGAAGGUGCACCGUUCCCAGCGGGGUGCCGAUGGGGCGGAACUGGGUCUUUCCUUCGCGACAAUCUUGGAAAGAAGUACUUGGCCAUGUUCGGGGGCCGCCACUUAAGUGCUGGGAGCGAAGAGCACAAGGACACCAGCGUGUACGUGUACUACGACGACCUUUGGCUGUACGACUUCGUCGAGGAUUCCUGGAGCCAGGCUCCGACGAAAGGUGCCAGGCCUUGCCCUCGAGAUCAUCAUGGUGCUGCCACCUUGAACGACAAGCUUUACAUUUAUGGCGGCCGACAGUCCGAGCGACGGGCGGCUGAUUCCGUGCUCUCUGAUGUGUGGAGCUACGACAUCAACACGCACAUGUGGACGGAGCACGUCCCAGUGGGUAUGGCGCCCAGCGCACGCUUUAUGCCGGGAGUGUCAGAAGUUCUUUACAAGGGCACGGAGCACCUUGCGGUUUUCGCAGGUGAGAUGUUGCCUGGCUCGACGAAGCGGACCACGCUGAAUGAUGUGUGGGUGUUCAACCCCUCCUCAGCCGUUUGGACGGAGCUGUUUGCAUCGACCUGCGGGCACCCUGCUGUCGAGGAAGAGCAUGCCAGCUUGACCACGCAAGGAAGCUCAGCACUGCUCCACAGGGAGUUCGGCUGCCUGGCCGUGGUGUUCUGCCUGCUGCCGCUGGCCUACACCGGCAUCAGAAGGUUCCUGCGACCUGGGCAGGCCAGGGAAAUGCAGCAACCUUUUCUCAGCUGA